GUUUACCAGAGGGAGGGCUGGCCUGUGCUGCUGCUGAGGUGAGAAGAAAAGAAAACUGAAAGUUCCUGGUCACUACUUUAAAAAGCUGCAGCUCCACGACGGUCCGUUCACUCCUCAGUCAGACAAACUUGAGUUCAGACAGCAGCUGGACCAGACAUGGCUUUGUGGAGCGAGCCCAAGAUCUUCCUCUGCAGCUUCAUCUUCAUCACCUUCUGUUGCUCAUUGUCAGUCUCACAGAUGCCCAUCGACUGCUGCUUGUCGACCAAAAACAAAAGGAUCGAUAAAAAGUUGGUGGCAGAUUACCGAGAACAGGCCAAAGGCUGCAGUCUUCCAGCCAUGAUUCUUGUGACCAGACGAGGGAGGGAACUCUGCACCCCCCCCAACGAACCGUGGCUGCAAGAAGUCAUGAAACAUGUGGAUCGCCUGAAGAAGCUGUGCAAGAAGAAGAACUACCAGCACACGCGCUGCUUCGGAGUGAAGCCCGAGUGAAAAACCAGAGAAGAUGUGGCUGAAACCUCCGGACCCCAAAAGACAAGUUUCCCUCUCCAGUCUUUGUCUUUUCCAUAAAACAUCGUUUGGUUUGGAUUUUUCUGUUACAAAUUUGUUUCACUUCUGUACUGAAAUGUGUCAAAGAAAAUCACGUCGUGAUUUGCAGCAACACGAAAUAACUUAUUACUGUGAACGAAACCAUGAGACCUUAUGAACUUUUGAUCAUAAAUCCUGUUUGUUCCUCUUUUAUGUGUCGCUCUUUGCUGAUGAGGCUCUUGAAUAGAAAUGAUGAAUAAAUCAAUGAAAACAUC